CGUAUUUAAGCAUGUGUUUGUCUUUGUUGCGUCGUCGUUGGUUGUUUCUUGUGAUUCUGAACACAAUGCGCGGUGUUUGGUUCCUUGACAUAAAUAAAGCAUAACGAAUUAUAAUAAGACAGUUGUCUUACUGACGAAGCCGCGAAGAAGGAUGUCCUACAGCGCUUUACUUGUUGACCUUGUGACGGAUUUAGGGGGUUGCGGCCGCUCCCAAUGGUUGACAGCUUUUGUCGGUCAGGGUGCAAAGAUUGGUGCCGCAUUGAGCAUGCUUCAUAUGACAUUUAAUGGCCAACGUUCAAAUUUCCGAUGCGAUCACCCACACAUCUUGCUAUCAAAUGCGACAUUUCUCUUUGAUAACGCAUGCAAAAUUGAAAACGGCACUGGACAAUGCGAUAAUGUUGUUUUCGAGAACAGCAUUCAUACUGUUGUAGACGAGUGGGACCUUGUUUGUGAACGGAGUUGGAUAGUGGCAAUUAUAACAACUAUUCAGAUGGCCGGUGUGCUGGUUGGAUGCUUCAUUUCCGGUCACCUUGGCGACCUUAUAGGCCGCAAACCUACAUUCUAUCUUUCUCAACUGAUCCUGUUUGUUUUCAACAUUGUUGCAUAUUUUUCGGUGAACUGGCAGAUGUAUGCCGUCAUUCGAUUUGCACUUGGAAUGGGAAUUGGCUUUUUCCUGACGGUGCAUAUGAACUUGAUCACAGAAAUGGCUCCGUCUGUCUGGCGGACUCGCAUCAUCGCUGUCCCCACCUGGGCGAUUGGAUGUUCCAGUCUUGCUCUUGUUGCUUGGCUUUUAAAGGACUGGAGACACAUCCAUCUUGCAAAUGCCGUCAUUGUGCUCCCAUUUCUUCUUACAUUUUUUUUCAUUGAUGAAAGUGUACGAUGGCUAAUAACAAAAGGUCGUUAUAACGCUGCCAACAACUUGAUCAAUCGAAUAGCCCGAAUGAACAAGAAGCCGAAACCGAACACUAGCAAACUCAUAGAAGUGGCUACACUGCACGCUCAAAGCGACAACUCUAAGGAUACACACUCUGUUAUUGACCUGUUUAAAGAAAGAAGAAUGGGAAAUAUUACCUUAGGUCUCAUCUUUAUAUGGAUUACCAUCAGCUUUUCUUACUACGGCCUCACGUUUGGUGUGGGCAGCCUGGCCGGGAACCUGUACAUGAACAUGUUUCUUCUGAACAUUAUCGAGACGCCCGCUUCUUUCGUCAUCAUGUACUUCGUGAACAGAUUUGGCAGUAAGAAGUGUCUUAUGGCGACUAUACAGUUCACGACUCUCUGUGGGUUAGCUGCCGGCAUCGUACAGUAUAUAGACACUCCGCAUCGCGGCCUUGUCACAAACGUGUUUGCUUUGGCUUCAAAGCUUGGCCUAGCUGUCGGAUGGGGCUGUAUCAUUACAUACGAAGUGGAGCUCUAUCCCACUGUAGUCAGAACGAUAGCGUAUGGUUUGCACAACACGGCAGCACGAGUUGGUGGUAUGGUGGCUCCACAGAUUGUGUUCUUGAAUGAAUCGGUACCUGGCGUGAUGUACUUCAUAAGCACCGCAUUACUUCUCAUCUCCGCUGUAAUAUGCUGCACGUUCCCGGACACGAGCGGCAAGGAGCUUGAUGACACGCUCAGUUCCGAGAAGAACCUUGUAACCGUAACAACUGUGCUUAAAAGCAGUCCAGACAAAACAGAUGAUGGUUUAAAACCGCACCAAGAUACGGGAGAAAGUGAUCUAAAAUACUGACAACCUAUAAACGUAAAUCCAGGCUCUCAAUGAAAACGUCGCAAAGUAAACCUUCGUUCUAUAAAAUUUUGAAUAAACAUUUUAAAUUGCUUGAAUAGCAUUAACAUUUUUUAAAGAAAACAAUCGUUUCCGAUGAUAUUUUAACAUUAGAGCACAGGACCAGACUACAGUGAGUAGUAGCUGAGUUGUUAUAGAAUGAACAACGACAUGGAAUGGUUUCGCACAUGUUACCUAGUCUAUUAGGGUAAAGAGUGACCAAAUGUUAGAUGUAUUUUACUAUGUGAUUUUGACAAUAUAGUAUUAGACAAAGACUCCUUUAAAAUAACCUUACCAGAGAUGAGGUCAAAGGUAAGUACGUAAUUGUCGAGCAGGCUUAGUACAAAUACAAUGGCUUUAAUAUAAAAAGCACACGAAACUGCUUUAUAAAUUAUAUUUUUUGUUACGUAUGCAUUAUUACAAAAUACGAUUCAUAAUAUAGAAUUUAUAUAGCCAUUAUGUUAAGAGGUUAGAUUAUCCGUAUAUAUUUACACAAAUACGGCUUCCAUAUAUAAAGAUUUGCCAGUUAAGGAUGAUGUUAUAUCCAGACAUUAUAUGGUUAACCACAACUUAUUUCUAGACUCCAUCAAAAUUCAAACGUUGCCAAAUAAAUAAUUUGAGUAUGUUAAAUGGUAUUUAAAACUGUCAUGAACUACCCCUUAUUUUUUCUACCUUAUAAUAUGUCACAUACAAUUGAAUGCUUAAGUGUAUAACAUAUUUUGCGAUAAGAAUUAAACAUUCAUUUACUUGUAAAUAGUUAUUCCUUUUAAGUUACACGUUUUUUAUGUGUUUGCUUGCAUAAAUGUUUCUACUUUGCUUUAAAUGUUUGAACGUUAUAUGUGGCAUCAUAUAUUGUUAAUUAAAUUCUAAAUCUAUAAAAUAAUUCAUAGAUCAAUUUAUGAGAGUUAUUUGCAGAUUCUUACACCUAUUGUACUAGCAGUAGAAUUUCUGACAUAAUAAUUUAUCAAACAAUGAUAUAUCGUGAAAUAUGACACAUAUUCGUUUUGUGAAAACAGAAACAAAUAUUUGCUUAAGAUUUAUACACAUAUAUCAUGGUAUAUUUUAAUAAGGCUUUAAUUAUUCCUAAAUGUCUAAGAUCGAAUAAAACACUUCCCGUUAUAAACCCCACUUUAUACGCCAGGUGUUGCAAUAUGUUUCAAUGAUAAUUUGAUUAAAUUGUAGUUUGGGAAAUGAUUAUAGUAACAUAAAUACUCAAAAUCAACAAGUAUUUAGCAAAUAUUUCGUACAAUAAAGGUAGGCCAUUAAAUAUUUGUGUUCCUUAUAGCAAUAGUCAAAAUGUUAACGCUAGAUGUGGUAUGGUAACAUAGAUUUAACGAGAUACAAAAUGCUCGUUUUUAUUAUGUGUGAAACAAUAUAUUCAAUUUCAAUUUCCUGCAGCAAUAUCUUUUUAUGCGACACACUGCAAAAUGUUGUAUAUUGUUAAAUCUAUGUUACCAGACCACAUCUAGCGUUGCGCAUUUGGCUAUUGUUAAAAGGAACAAUGAUUUUUUAUGUGUCAACUUUAUUUUUUUCGAAAUAUAGUAAGAACUAUUCGAUGAUUAUGAGUGUUGAUGGGCUUUUAACUACAUGCAAAUACAAACACUGUAUGAGAUUUCUAGUGACUGUUACUACAAAUAUUAUGACACAUGAUUUACCACUGUUCAAAUCGUGUAUUGAUAAAUGUGCUUGUAUUGGAAUCAUAAUUAUUGACGACAAACCAAUAAUAUUAAAAUGAAUAGAAUGUUAAUAAAAAUUCAAACCUA